GGAUAAAAAAUUAAAUUGCUCAAUCCACUCUUCUUAGCCCCCUUUAAUUACGAAAAUAACAGUAAAAAGUAUAUUCAUGCGGUGCCAAAAUAUAUUUUCCGUUUCCUUAAAGCCAAAGCUGCUCUCCUCUUCAAACUAUAACUCUCAUUCAGUUUAGUUUUCAACUCUCUGGUCUCCACGCGUUUUUUUCUCGUCUCCGUCGUCGUUAGGGUUUUCCGGCGGUUCUCUCCGAUUCUUUCUUGGUUUUCCGGCAACUUUAUUCACCAGAAUCUGCGCGCAUUGCACUCUAAAUAUGGCGUGUUCUGACAUUGACACGAUGACUGAUGAAUCUUUGGAGGACGAUAUCUAUUCCGACUCCUCUGACAGUUACGUUGCUAUUAAACCUCAGGGUGGUGGGAUUAACUCGGUGGAGAUUUCUAUUAUGUCCAUUGGCGGAUGGAAGACAUAUGAAAGUUUGUCUAAUCGGUAGUGGUUUAGCAUUGUAUGACUUGAGGACUGCUGCUUCUAAGGAGGAAGGGUACAAUUGUUCUGAAUUUCCUGCAGACAUCAUAAUGAGAGUGGACAUGAAGAUCAAAGAUGUAGCGAAGAGACAUGUACUGCCUUUCCUCCCUGCUAAAUCACUGAUGAAGUUUCGGGCUGUGUCAAAAGAAUGGAAUCAGUGGAUAGCUAGUCCAUUACUCGCGUACAAUCAGAGUUUCACAUUCCAGAAACUUUCAGGCUACUUUUAUCAAAGACUGGGCUUUCAAGAUGAUCCUCCUAUAUUUUUGUCUCUGCAUCGUUCCGCGAACGGAGUCCCGAGUCCUUCUCUUGGUUUCUUGCCUGAGAACGUUAAAGUACUAAGUUCUAGCAGCGGGUUGCUCCUUUGUCAGGGGCAGGACAGUUAUUACGUUUGCAAUCCUGCAACCAAAGACUGGAAAAAGCUCCCUCCUCCUCAAUAUUACCACGGAUCUGAUCCAGCAGUUGUUCUUGCAUUUGAUCCUCAGUUUAAUAUUGAAUCAUUUUAUCACGUGGUCGCUGCAGUCACUGUUCUUGAUCAUCCAGUUGUCUGCUUUGAGAUUUACUGUUCUGAAUCAGAUUCAUGGAAGUGCUCUCCUUCAGACUGUCUAGAGCUGGAAAAUACAAGUCUUGCAGGUGGAGGAUUUUAUAUGGAGGGGGUGGCUUACUGGAGGAAUACAUCAUCAAAUGAAGUGAUAGCAUUCGAUGUGAAAAAUGAGAUUGCAGCAGUUCUACAUGUACCUAUUAUUCAAUCCGAGCAACGUGGUGCCUUAACGCAGAUAGGAGAUGAGGUGUGCUAUGUUACUGCUUAUAAUGACAGUGGAAAUGUUUUCGUAAUAGAUAUCUAUGGAGGUGUGGACAUGGGCCUGAAGCGCAGUGUCAGUGUAAAUCUUGGAAGCAAGAAGCCUCGUACUCAAGUGUCUGGGAUACCCAUGGAGGAGUGUUGUGAAGUACUACCCUGUACUGACAGUGAAACUGUGGUGAUCCACACGGACACAACGAUAUACUUUUAUCACCUUAGGGAGCAGAAGGUUGAGACACUGCUGAGUCCGGGACGAGUGGAUACUCAUAACAGGUUCUUACCCUACAUAAACAGCCUCGUUAUGGUACACAGAUCUGGAGAAUAAGAAGUAAUACCCUGUAUUGACAGUGAUACUCUGUGGUGAUCCACAUGGUCACAAUGAUAUACUUUUAUCACCUAAGGAAGCAGAAGGUUGAGACACUGUGGAGUCCGGGACGAGUGGAUACUCAUAAGAGGUUCUUACCCUACAUAAACAGCCUCGUUAUGGUACAGGGAUCUGGAGGAUAAGAAGUAGUACCCUUGAUGAUGUUUCAUUUGGACAAGUAGUAUGAUUUGUUUUUGUCCUUUGUUCAUUUUACCUUCUUGCUGCUAGUUUUUAGUUUCUGUUCUUUCCUUUGUUACAUAAACUAUGUUUGAAAUGAAUAAUCAGUUACUCUUUUAACAAUAA